CGACGGACCCCUUGUGUAUAUUCCCGACGACAUCAUUUCCUUUAUUAAGCUUUUAUCGAAUUACUUGGAGCGGCCUACUCUGCAACCUGCAGCCUGUUUACCUUUGACGACAUCAACCCGGUCUGUACACCUUUGAACCAUCCCAUCACGGAUCGGACGACAACCACCAUAUCAACAUCACCAUCAAUCAAUCAAUCAAUCAACCAACCACUUACAACAACCACUAUAUUUUCCAUUUAUUGCUAUCUUUCUCCGAAGUUCUGUCGUCACCUAAAAGUGCGCAAUAGAUCAUCGACUUUCUGGGCCUGACUUUCGUCGACCCCUUGUUUGAUUACGACCUCUCCACAUACAUCGGCGCACCUCUCCAUUUCCUGUUCAUCGGUUACUACCUCUUUUCUGCCCGCUCUCAGCUUCUGCCCCCGGACCUUCUCCUAAGUUCCCCCGGCUAGCUGUAUCCAUAUCUUCAUCUCCAAUCAACACCAAUGGAGUGUAUGCGCAACCAGCUUCACGAGGGUGUUGUGCUUAACGGACGGUAUGAAACCAUCUCUCCACUCAACCAUGGCUCCUUCGGCAUGGUCUUCCAGGCCAAGGACCUUGUAACCGGUGAACACGUUGCUAUCAAGGUCAUCACCAAGUCCACUGCCGCCAGCAACUGCCCCUCGGCCUUCGCCGUUGACGAACGCUCUGAGGAACUUGGCAUCCACCUCCGCAUUGGCUCUCAUCCCAACAUCGUCAACCUGCUUCAAUCUUUUGAGACCCAGAACCACAUCUAUCUCGUCCUCGAGUUCUGCUCCAAUGGCGACUUGUACGAGGCCAUCCGCCUCUCCAAAGGACCCCUAGAGACCGAGCACGUCCGCGACUUCAUGCUUCAGCUCGUCGACGCCAUUGAGUUCACCCACUCCAUGGGCGUUUACCAUCGCGACAUCAAGCCAGAGAACAUCUUUCUCGCCCACGAUGGUUCCAUGAAGCUCGGCGACUUCGGCCUUGCUACUUCGGAUGCCUGGUCCUACGAGAUUGCUGUCGGCAGCGACCGCUACAUGGCCCCCGAGCAGUACGAUCCCCCCUCUACCGGGUACUCUACUGCACAGGCAGACAUUUGGGCCAUCGGCAUCUGCCUGCUCAAUGUGCUCUUCUCCCGCAACCCCUUUGCCGUUCCCAAUGCCUCGGACCCGCUGUACGCGGACUUCGCAUUGGACCGCCAGUCCCUCUUUGAUGUCUUCCCCAACCUUUCUCAAGACACCUACCAGGUACUGGUUCACUGCUUGGCAAUCGACCCGGAGAAGCGCAGCCUUGCCUUGAUCCGCGAGGCUCUCGAGCGCGUCGUCACGUUCACCACCGACGACGAGAUCCUCGAUGAUUUCUGCACCGACGACAGCGAUCCCGUUGUUGCCAGCGCCAACCGCGAGCCCCUCCGCACUCCCUCGAUCUCCACUCCUCAGCUCGAUCAAGGUGGCUCCUUCCCAUGGGCCAAGGCUCUCGCCAUGUCGCCGCCCCAGCAGAUCCGCCAACUGUCUGCCAUCCCGGACACCGAGAUCUACGAGGACGACCUCUUCUCUAGCUCCAUCCCGUCGGGCCAUGGCUGGUACGACAUCAAGCCAGACAACGCCUCCAAUGUCUCCUUCGUCGACUCCGGCUUGGGUCUGUCCUUCAAGUCCAUCGACAACAGCAAGCAUGAGCCCAUCAACUUUGCUCGCUCCAAGCCCAUGCCCAUCUCCGGCUCGCUUCCCGUCAAGCCUUUCAACAGCAUGGCGUCUGUGUUUGGCAAGCGUGAUGCCAUCUCCAAGAGCUGGAGCGAUCUCUGGGACGAGGAAGAGGAAGAGCAAGCUCUCGCCGAGAUUGAGAACAACUAUCUGCCCAUGCCCGUCUUCGAGCAGGAGAAGGUUGAUCAGCGCGAGAGCACCUCUGGCGUGUCGACCCCUCGCGGCGGCCUUUCUGAGCUCAAGAACCCUGCCAUGGUCAACAACAGCAGGAGCCGUUCCCCUCAGAAUCGUCGCGCAGCCGAGCACGUGAGCCAGCAGACGGGUUUCAUCUUCGAGGACCACGUCGUCACCGCUACCAAGCAUACGACGCCUUCCAAGAAGGACAUCAUGGACAAGUGGGCGGUGCUUGGUAACCGCAGACGUGGCCAGCAUCAUGACCAAUAUCAACAAUCAAAACCGCUUUCGACACCUCAGAAAGCAACAAAGUCGCCAAAACAGACCCAGUCUACCCCCAACUCCGCCCGGAAGCGGAGCCGGACUGGUAGCUGGCGUCGACCGAUCCACUGGGGCCCUAGUCACGAAAAUAUUAACGGCCUUUUGGAGCGAAAGGACCAGUGGUUCACCAGCAAAGAUUGGCGCCAACACCAGAGUCACCUUGACGACGACGACAUCGGUGACCUGGAGUGGGUUGGAGGUUGGAACGACCUCCACUUGUAGUCUUGACAACUCAUCAUCCCUUUCUUUUAUUUCCUUUUCCCUUAUAUUUUUGAAACGAUAAACCCUUUUAACACCUUUGGAACCUAAGAAUCUUUACCAAACCCGUCCUACCCCGAAGUCUGUAGCUUUAG